AUGUGUCACUCAACUUGACAGACGCUCUACCCGUAUCAGUGUUAUUUGGCCACGCUAACUGAUGCGAUGUACCCUGAACAUUAACGAGGCUAUAAGGAACCCUAUACCUGGACAUGCCGCGUACCUGUAGGAAGGUUUUUGGUCAAGAGAUCGGAUACUUCAGAUGGAUAAGUAUAUUGCUUAUUCUUUAUAGCAAGAAAGUAUGGGCAGUGACACGAACACAACAAGCCACUUUCCUCUGCUUCGGUAACAACUCGGACAGUAGCCUGCUACACUUCACGUUCCGGGUACUGGCCAAUAGUGAUAAUGUGGUCGGAAUUGUGCCGUAUGACGCCAGCUCAUCCUCCUUGGGUGUGGGGAAGAGAACAGGAUGUACGACUGUCGAAGGGAACGGUACAGCUAUCAGUCCAUUGGAGUUGACCAUCACAGUCGACACGGACGAUCUUGCAAAUGUCGCUACUAUGUCCAACACAUGUGGGGUUCAAGAAAUUACAACUGGGGUAAAAUAUAAGUUCCGCAUACGGACUAUUGGUGACCUCGACCUUGACAUUGGAACAGAUGCUUACUAUGAUUGUGAGUGCGACAUGGCAAAUCUCCUGAGAGGCUGGCAAACAGUUGGUCCAGCUUUUGCUGUAGGAAUGACGUCGAUGACGUUACAGGAAGUCCAAGUUGGAGCUGUCAUGAGACUAGUGGACAAGGCAACAGAUCUGCCCGUCACUGUGGUGGAGCUGGGUGCAGAUGUCUACCUCCAGGUGGUGUACAACCCUCAGGCUCAGGACAGUAACGCUUUUGAUUCCUGCGGAACAUCUUUUUGGGUUGCGUUCGAUCGUGUGUCUGCAAAUGCGGCGCGGUCACAUGACCUGAUUAUCCUGAGUGCUACCACAUUAAAGUCACAAGUCCUGUUCUGGAACACUAGCACGAGUCAGGUAUUUGAGGCCAUCACCGUAGACCCGUCGUCAUCAGCACGUGUGUCUGUCCCUGGAAGUGCUUCAGGAGCAGCAAUGCUAGUUACGUCUACAGAGAAAAUUUAUAUUAUGACCUACAGUUCUUGGACAGGAGGCAAGUCGUUACAAACGAUUUACCCUACGGACACACUAGGGUCAUUGUACCACUUAGUAUCAUCAAAUGAUAACAAUUUUGUGAUAAUAAUCGCGACCGAUGAUCAAACCGCAGUAAACGUGACUUCGACACACUUCUCCGUAUCUAUUGGUGGGACCAAUAUUCCUGCAGGAAGUACAGACAGCCGUAACUUACAAACGUUUGAGGCUUUGCACAUUUAUAGUAACAACGAUCUUUUAGGUACCAUAAUCUCAUCGUCCAAACCAGUGGCUGUUUUUACAGGGUUUGACACACCUGUCGCACAAAACAAGUUUGGAAUACAGCAGUCAUUGAGUAGGGAAAAGUUAGGAACAACUUUUAUCAUCCCUACAGGAGCAGGGAAUGUGAAAUGUGUUGCUUCUCAAUCUGGUGCGACGACAAUACGGUUUGCAUCUAGCCAGCUGGGAUCUGCAGAUAAUACUACACAGUUAAAUCAACAUGAACAAUUGAAUUUGAAUUCAGAUGGUGAGUAUUUUUUCGAACUAAAGUCCAGUGGACCAGUAUCGUGUCUGAAGAUAUACGGAGAGGAAACCGUAGUUUUGAUACCGCCUCUUCAACAGUGGUCGAAUGUCUACGUUCUGGACGUUGGCAAUUCCAAUAUCGAAAAUUCAUCUGUAUACUUCGUCAUCAUGAAUGGAUCCGAAUCCGCAUUAAAACUAAAUCAGGAGAGUAUUACAGCUCAAAAGAGUGCAGUCCAUCAUUUAAGUUCAGGUUCCGACGCCAAUGAUCUGAUAAUGAUGGUUGUCAAACUUCCUGCAGCUGUUUCUCUGCCCGUGACAGUUUCCCAUCCGUCCGAGACCUUUCUGGCCCUUUUAGUACUGGAUAACGGUACAGACGUGGUGGCUGCUACAGUUCCUCCUGGUAUACACCUGGCAGACUUGUAUGUCAACGGUGAUCCAUCUUGUUCAAAGACUUCUGGCUACAGAGGGGACUUGGUGGAUAACGAUUGUGAUGGCUGGGUUGAUGAAGAUACGGAUUUAGACACUGAUAAUUCUUUUCCCGAUGUACCAGCCAGUUUGAUAGACAACCUUCAUCCUAUAAGAGUGAGACCUAGGGAUUGUGUUGCCAAACCUAACAACGUCUGGGGAGACGGAGACAUAUCAAAGAUGGUUAUACACACAUCCGGAUGCUUACCAACAGGAAGUGACGUAUCGCCGUUCACUCCAUAUUCGACAUUUAACAUGACCAGUGACUCUACGACGUUUCCCGUCGUCUAUAACACCGGAAGUUUCUACAUGCCUCGAUUUGAAAAUCAAGCAGACGUUUAUUUCUUAUGUAAACUGGACUUCUGUUUCCGAUUUGACGAUGCAUCUUGCACAACGAGUAUAUGUCAGACCAGGACACGCCGUACAGCAGACAGCAAUGCCGCCUCAUCUGUCGUAGGACUGAAAGUUACUGUUACAGAAAAACAAUCGAGACAAUCUGACAGUUCUGAAGAUAGGUCCCAAUCCGCGGAGGAAUACUGCAUGGAGGACCACGACUUUAUAGGAGUGAUCGGCGUCUUCGGCUGUCUCACUUUUGUGGCUCUAGGAGUGACGUCAUAUCUCUUUUGUAGAGUCAGAAAUACACUUAAGCGGGACAAAUAUUAGUAUUUGAGUUUUCAAGCUCCCGUGUCGCAGAUGUCGACAAAGUGACAACAUUGUUCCUGAUAGUAGUUGGUUUACGAUGGCUUUUCGAUGUUAUGGAUUACAAUGAUUAAACAUUCGUACAAGACUAGCUGUAUGAACUGGAUGUUACAUUUUUUAAGAUAAGUUAAACAUUUAUCAUAUAAACAAUCAGCAUAUCUAUGUUUUAUUAACUUUUAGGUACAUACAAAAUAUACGAUUUAACACCAGUUAAAUUGCCACAACUGAAUAAUGUCAAGAAUUGAGCUGAAGCAUAUCAUAAUUAAAAUUAUGCUCAGUAAUAGACGAUUUUACGCUCAGAUUCAGCUAGUAUUAUUCUUUACAAUGUUAAAUGUAAAUAUGAUUUAAUUCCAUGAUUUACAGCUAUAAUUUUUAGUUAUAUUAGAUCAUUAUAUUUAUGCUUCAUCAGCGAUGAACCUGUAUGAAUGUGUGUGUGUGCACCAUUAAAAUGUCGUUUUAAAACCUUUUUUGAAAUAAAUUGUAUACACACUAAAAUUCCAAUUAAAAACCUUACAACGAGAAUGUAAACUAUCAUC